AUGACUUCAUUAAUGUUAAAGAAUAUGAUAAGGAUUGCUGGAGGAUCUUUCGAGAAUGCUGUGACAAUCAAAGAUGUGGUUAAUCAUGUUAGAUUUCCAGUGUUCUCUGUGUUGAGAAAAUGUGUAUCAAGUGAGACAGAAACGUUUGCAUGUGAAGAGAGAGAGAACCAACCAUCUAACAAUAAACACUCCCCUCAUAUUCCUGUCAUGGCAGAGGAGGUGUUAGAGUUUCUCAAGCCAAGAGAUAAUGAUGUCAUUUUAGAUAUGACCUUUGGAAGUGGAGGCCAUUCUCGUAAAAUUUUAGAAAGUACCCCAGGUGUUCGGAUUGUCUGCUUAGAUAGAGACCCAACUGCCUUUGAAUAUGCAAAAGAAUUACAGGGGAAAUAUCCAGAGAGGGUCCUGCCACUCUUGGGAAGAUUUAGCGAGUUACCUGACCUUCUCUCAAAACUGAAAUUGAAAAAAAAUUUCUUCAAUGGGGCGCUGAUGGAUCUGGGUGCAUCAUCAAUGCAAUUUGAUACACCAGAGCGAGGAUUUAUGCUUAGCAAGGAUGGACCUCUCGAUAUGCGCAUGGAUAGUAAUAGAGAUCCAAAGCAGAUGACAGCUUCUCAGAUAUUAAGUCACAUAGAUGAAGAUUCCUUGUACAAAAUUCUCAAAUACUAUGGUGAAGAAAGCAAUGCUCGAAAGAUUUCUCGUGGUGUGCUAGAGUCCCGUCAUUUGUUCAAAAAGCUUCACACCACCAAAGAAUUGACCGAGCUAGUAUUGUCAUUGAUGGGAGAUCAAUACAGACUGGAUAAGCUACAGAGAUAUUCCCAUCCAGCAACCAAAACAUUCCAGGCUCUUCGAAUUCUUGUAAACAAUGAGUUAAAUGAAUUGGAUUACGGUCUUCGCCUAGCUCAUUAUUAUCUUAAAAGUGGCGGUAUUUUGGUGGCUAUAUCCUUCCACUCACUUGAAGAUACAGUGGUUAAACGGCACAUAACAGGUGUGGAUAUUGACAAAUCACAUGAAAGUAUUGGCUUAGGUGUGACGAAGCAUCGAAGUGCUUUAUCCAGUUACUCAUCCACAGAAAUGAAAAACAUAAUGACCAAAAACUGGAGUCCAGUAACCAAGCAUGUUGUCUUGCCCUCGGAGGAAGAGGUUGUAAACAACCCUAGAGCUCGAUCUGCCAAACUCAGGGCAGCUAUCAAAGCAUAAAUGAUGAUCCAAUUGUUUAAAGAAUGUAAAAUUACUGAAAGCCCUUUGUUGGAAGUGCAGUAUACACUUGUGGGAAUAAUGGAACCAUUGGAAGGAAUUCAGUUGUAAUUAAUACUGUAGUACAUUUUUAUAAUAUAUACAGUAGGCUGACAAAGAGAAUGUAUAAGUUUUGGGUGGAAGAUAGAAAGGGAAGGGGUUGUCUCUGAAAUGGUUAGAUGGAAGAGGUACAAGAGGCUUUGAGUUUUAGGGGCUUGAGCAUUCAGUAGGCUCGUGUGAGCAUGUUAGGAGUGAAUGAAGAUAUAGUUAGUGGUUUUUAAUUGCCAUGCUGUUGGAGUACGAGUAAAGUAACUUAUGAAGGGAUUCAGAGAAAGCAGUUAGCCAGAUUUGAGUCCUGGAGGUGGGAAGGGCAAUCCCUACACUCUGAAGGAGGGGUGGGAAUAUUGCAGUUGGAAGGGUGGUAUGAGUGUGGUGUCAGUUAAGCGAAUGUGUUUUCUUCUUUGAGUCACCCUGCCAUGGCGGGAGAUGGCUGUUGUUAAAAAAGUACAGUACUAAUGCUUAAGAAGACUGAGUUUUUCUUGUAUAAUAGUUGUAUCAAAAUAAAUUAUUGGUAAGUAUA